CUCAACACGUUUUCGUUUUGGGGGCACGUCGAAUCAGUUGUUGAACGCCUUUGCAAGCAAAUUCAUCAUGUUGCACGCCUUCGUUCUAAUCGUUUGUGUCGCAGCAGUCUCAGCAAAUGCAGGAACGAUUGAUGAGGGAUCAGAGAGAAUUGCAGGGGGCAAUCGUGUCAACAACACGGAGCAAUUUCCGUUCGUCGUGUCGAUCUCUUAUCGAUAUCAACACAUCUGUGGUGGAUUUAUUUAUAACGCCAGGUGGAUCGUGACUGCAGCAUCUUGCGUCAUGGGAAAAUCUCCUCGGGAUUUGAAUAUAACCAUUGGCGCGUGCUCACUUAUCACUCCCGAGCCGGAGGAACAGUCCAUCAGCAUAGCCGACCUGGUUCCGUAUAGUGGUUUUAAUCCAGCGUCUGUGACUCACGAUAUCGCGCUGAUUGAGCUAUCCCUGCCGAUCGUGUUUCGCAACACAGCUCAACCUAUCCGCUUUAGCACAGUCGACGAACUUGCGCAACCCUUGGAAGGAACCGUCAUCGGAUGGGGAGCACCUUAUGAAGGAGGGCCCCCAUCUGCUCGACUUCUAUGUGGCACUAUGGAUAACCUUCACGCCAAUUGCAGUACGUACCAAGUUAACGAGUACAUUGAGGAGUAUAUGAUUUGCGCUGGCUCCGAGUCAGGGACUGUCGCACCUUGCCAGUUUGACGAAGGAUCACCUUUGGUUCAAGAAACUAAUACGGGAGGGGUUCCAGAGUUGAUAGCGAUUGGCAUCAUGUCGAAGAAUCAAGGCUGUUCAAAUGCUAUGAUCCCAACGGUUUACACUCGCCUGUCGGCUUAUUCCUCCUGGCUUAUUCAAACCGCAGGUCCUCAAGUCAGCACAAACGUCUUUGUGCCACAGUUUUAAACGGAAAUAGAUAUUCAUGUGUUAAUUUGCAUUGUUGUAUAAGAAGAAAUCAAUGGCCACUCCGAGUGCCAACUCUGAGAUUCACUAAUGGAUGAAACGUUUGUAACGAAAAAAACAAAAUUAUUUUGUAAGGGGAAAAACAUGUGUCGAAAUGUUUGCUGGUUUGAGGUUCCAAAGUUU